AUGCAAGCUGAUCCAUUGGAAAAAUUUUAUUUACAAUUCCAAAGAUUUGUGGAAAAUAAUCCAAAUGUAAUCUCGGCAGCUAGAGCUGCUUCACAAAUCCCAGAAUCUGCUAAAGCAAUUGUCAUUUUAUCGCCAUAUUCUCUAUAUCAUGUAUUUCCACGUGAAUGGGUCUCAAAGGCUUAUCGUAAGACUAUAGUCGAAAGACCUGAAAGAUUAUUAGCUGCAUCUAUGGGUAUUGCUGCCGCUAUCACAAUGUAUCCAGCUCUAUUUAAUUUGAAAUCUUCUCAUAAUAGAUUAGGAUCUUUAUCAAGUCCUCACGUUUUAAAAGUUCAUGGCUCAACUUGGCCUCAUACUUUAACUAAAUUAUGUACAGAAGCUGAUGAUAAAUUGGCUAAUGGGAAAAUUGAAGUACCAAAUAAUUGGAAUGCAGGUGAUAUUUAUUUAAGCUCACAAACUCUGUUAGCUUUAAAAGGUUCGUUAGGUGCUAUAGAGACUGGUGUAGAUUCUAUUUUUAAAGGUCCGUCUCCUGAUCAUAUUAGUAAUAGAGCUUUCGUAGUAAUACGACCACCUGGUCAUCAUUGCCAUGUCUCAAUGCCUUCUGGGUUUUGUCUAUUGAAUAAUGUCCAUGUAGCUAUCGAAUACGCUUUUGAUCAUUACGAUGUGACUCAUGUUGCAGUACUUGAUUUUGAUUUACAUCAUGGUGAUGGCACUCAAGAUAUUUGUUGGAAAAGAGCAGGAUUUAAACCAGAUGGAGAGGAUGCAAUUGAUGAGGAAACUAAUAAUAAAUAUAACGAUUUUAAUAAACGUUCGGCUAGAUUCCCAAAAGUUGGAUAUUUUUCAAUGCAUGAUAUUAAUUCAUUCCCAACUGAAACAGAUUAUGCAACAAGUGAUCAUAUUAAAAAUGCUUCCACUUGUAUUAUGAAUUCUCAUGAUUUAAAUAUUUGGAACAUUCAUUUAUCAAAUUGGUCAACAGAUGAAGAAUUUCAAAAAUUGUAUAGAUCUAAAUAUAGAACAUUGUUUGCUAAAGCAGAUGAGUUCUUCAAGACGGCAAAAUAUGAAAUGGAACAUCAAGAUAAUGAUGAUGAUGAUGAUUCAAAUCAUACGAAUAACGAUAAUGAAAAUGGCGCUUCUUCUAAUAAUUCACCAACUCCUCCCACACCAAAGAAACCGUUUAAAGGUUUAGUCAUUAUUAGUGCAGGGUUUGAUGCCUCUGAAUUCGAACAAACUAGUAUGCAAAGACAUAAAGUUAACGUUCCAACUGAGUUUUAUACAACAUUCACUAAGGAUGCCUUAAAGUUGUCUCAAAUGCAUUGUAAAGGGAAAGUCCUAUCCGUUAUGGAAGGUGGUUACUCUGAUCAAGCCAUUUGUUCAGGAGUCUUUGCACAUCUGAUCGGGUUACAAAACCAAGAUUGGAUCAAUGAAUGGGGGUCUCAACAGGUAGUGAAGGAAAUCUCGAGAGGUUGUAAACCUAAUUGGAAACCUUACAAGACAAAAAAAUCAAAUGACGUCAUUCGUAUUUGGGCAGAAGAAGUCAUUAGAUUAGGGAGAUCAAUGGUCCCUGAAUUCGAUGAUGUCAUUUUCAAAUCCAAAGAAAAAUUAUUGAAACAUAAACAGGAGCAACGUGCAGCUUUGACAAAUGAUGGAAAGUUUAAUGAAAGUAUGGUAGGUGCUACUAUCUCUCAAAGGGUCACUAGAGCUUACGCUAAAGAACGCGAUCAUCAUAAACAUGAUGCCACUAGACAUAACAUGCCUUUGUCUGUGAAGCAAGAAAACGUUCCUUUCAUGCAAAUGAAUCUAUCUGAUGAAGAUGAAAAGGAAGACGACGAUUAUGAGUAUGAUGAGGAAUUGAACAAGACAUUCAAUCGUACUGUUGAAGAUAUUACUAUCGAUGACAUCUCAAGACAUUUAGAGACCUUGGAAUUGAUUCAACAAGAUGAAGGAGAAGAAGAAGACAAUAGAGACAAAUCAAAAAGUUCCUCAUCUCGUCGUCUUCAAAGUAGUAACGGCAUGUAUAAGAUCCCCUCAGAUAAGACUACAAACAAUCUAAGACAUAAUAGUCGUGUCCUUUCAUCCAGUCAACAAGGCCACCAAACACAGAAUUACGACGAUAGCGACAUCUCUAUGAUGUCUCAUGUAUCCACAAUGAAACACUCCACUAGAAGUGGGAGGAAAUGGUAA